AUGUCGGAGAUUUGUCAACUCAACCGGGAAGAUAAAGCAUGUAAAAACAAUCCAGUCUGUAAUAUAAUCAGAUGAUUACUUUUUACGUAGAUCAAAUAGAACUGUGAGAACCUUUACUGAACAUUUCGACAACUUUAUUACCAUUAAAUAUACGUAAUUGUCCUAGUUUAGUCCUCUAUAUGUUGUAAUUAUGUAAGUAUAAUUUUAUACACUGUAUGUCUAUAUAUGUUAAAAUGUUAAUAGUACGCAAAUUAGUUCAUAACAUAGGAACAAUUGUAUAAUUCAGUUUUACUGCAAAACAAUUGAUUAAUAAACAGAUAUUAUUAUAGUGACAUAGGCAUGUUUUUACACCUCAUCAAAAAGUGUGACGCUACUAAGUUGCCCUACAAUAUAUAAUAUAUGAAUCCUAUGCACUUUACUGCACAGCAUGCUUCAUUCCAAAUUAUGAAGCAUUUAGUGAGCAUCUAAAAGACCAAUACAUUAGUUAUCUGUAUAGGUUAAUCAUAUAAUAAUUGGAAACAAGGUGGAAGCUACAGAAAUAAUGACAUGUUGUAUUUUGCUAUUGUAGUAAUGACUGAGUUAGUGUAAGUAUGCAUAAUUACUUUCAAAAAAUUGAGAUGGAUAAAGAUUCAACACCCGACUGAUUCCCAUGCACUGGAAAAAAUUUUGAAAAUCCAAAGAAGGUCAUAGCAUGGAAAUUGUAUGGACCUUUAUUGGGAAUAACAUGGAUUUUGAUUAUCAUAAUAAUUGUAUAUUUCCAUACUAUGGAUAUAGUAUCGAAAUAGUAUAGAUAUACUAUGGAUAUACUAUGGAAAUAGUAUGGAUAUACUAUGGAUAUACUAUGGAAAUAGUAUGGAUAUACUAUGGAUAUAGUAUGGAAAUAGUAUGGAUAUACUAUGGAUUUAGUAUGGGAAUAGUAUGGAUAUACUAUGGAUAUAGUAUGGAAAUAGUAUGGAUAUACUAUGGAUAUAGUAUGGAAAUAGUAUGGAUAUACUAUGGAUAUACUAUGGAAAUAGUAUGGAUAUACUAUGGAUAUACUAUGGAAAUAGUAUGGAUAUACUAUGGAUAUAGUAUGGAAAUAGUAUGGAUAUACUAUGGAUAUACUAUGGAAAUAGUAUGGAUAUACUAUGGAUUUAGUGGUGCAAUUGCAAACUUCAUAGCAUGGAUUUCACAUUUUUUCCCCAGUGAUGAAAAGGGUAGGAUUGCACUCCUUUGUUUUGUUAGGCAUGCAAUCAUUCCCAAAAGCCAUGCAUCAAAUAACAUUUAGUUUUCUCAAAUUUGUAAUUAUUUUUAGCAAAUUGUUUUCUCAAAUUUGUAAUUUGUUGUUUGCUUCCACCAGUCAACUGAUCAAUAUGAAACUGUUUCAGUUUUUGUGAAAGCUUCAUCUGAUACAUUGUAUAUUGUGCUUGCCUAUAGGUACAGCACAUUUUCUUGCCGAACCAAGUGACAAGAUCGUCAAAACAGGUUCUACAGUGACAUUUGUAUGGAUUUACGAAGACACUGGUGAGGAUAUUGAUCAUGGAGAAAUUAUUACUCACAUUGGUGGAAACAAUACACUCCUGUUCAAAGUUAAUCCUAAUACGAAUUCAACAGGAAUAUUUGGUACAACAGAAUAUUUGAAGAGAGUCAGUAUCACCAUACCUGUUUCACUUAAAUUAACUCGUAUUUCUGCUCGAAUGGUUUUGUCUAACGUUACAACAGCUGAUACAGGUUUUUAUAGUUUUAAAGUAAUUGGUAUUAUAAACGCUGGGAAUCUAUCAAAGGUCUCUUUGUAUGUUACUGGUAGGUUCCACUUAUUACUUAUUCUUCAUUUUAUCAGUAAUAACCUAUUCACCAACAAUCUGAUCAAUAUUUAUAAUUGUUCACAUAUACUGUCAGUAACAAUUACUACUUAACUCGCUCUGGUUGGUUAGUUUAUUUAGUAAUUCAUAGAUUUAUUAAUUUAUUAGAUAACUGAAAGUUUAUCUAAAUACGACUGUUCAAGGAUUUCUGAUGUCGUUUUGUGUUGUUCUAUUCUUUUUGGCAGUUUGGAAAUUCUAUAUAAAUGUAUUUAGGCUACUGCGGACAAUUCGUAAUAAUGCAAAAAAUUACAUCCAAAAUAAAUUACAAUUGUUCCACACAAUUUCAUGUAUUAGAGCAUAGCUUAUUGAAGGGAAGAUGGCUAUGAAACACAUUAGAAUAACAAUAUAUCUCAUCUAUGUUAAUCGACGUUUAUUCAUAAAUCUGGUCCUUACCGUCACGUGCGUAUUCCCACUCGAACAAUAGGGUAAAUUGGAAAUUGCUAUUGGUGGAUUUGGCAAAAAUACAGAUAGUAAACGUUGACUAACAUAAAUAACGAGUUAUAUUGUUAUUAUAAUGAGUUUCACAGCCAUCUUCCCUUCGACAGGCUAUGAUUAGAGCUUGUUAACAAAGUAUUAGUAUCAUUUGUGGUUUGUGGAAAUACCCCGUAAAUUUAUUAUUUAUUGGUAGAGCUUCGGUCCAUAAGCCUGGAUCUUCAUCAGUGCUAAUAAAAUAUGACUUGGUUAAAAUUUUCACACGUCUCUUUAUAUACCAAAAUACCAUGUGAAUUAAACAAGUCAUAUUAUUAGCACUGAUGAAGUCCGGGCUUUGCGGAUCAAAAGUGUAGUGGUUCCACAAACCAAAAUGAAUGUUUAUUAGUGCAAUAUAUAGCCCUUAUGAGUUAUGGUACAAAUAUUUUCAUGAGGUGAAAGUUGGAAUUUUCCAUUAUUAACUUCCCAUUAGCAAAAUAUUUUUACUCUUGCAAGAAUGAAAACAAUCAUUCAUUAUUUGCUUUCUUAACACCAAAAUAAAUCAAUGACAAUGUUAUCAAUUUUUUAAAUUAAAUACAAAAUAAAUACACAUACCUGUUUAAAAUUAAUACUAAUAAGAAAAUCCAACAAAUAUGUCCCAAAAAAGUUUGAAUGAAGAGUUAAUAAUAUAAUUAUUAUUGAUAAUAAUCAGGCCUCUGAAUUAGCGAAAAAUCAGGUGGGCAAAAAUUUGCCAACCUAAAACUAAAUCAGGUCGGCAAUUGCCGAUUGCCAACCUCAAUUCAAAGGUCUGAAUAAUUGCUUUCAUUUAACUCAACAUCAUCAUUCUCGUAAAUAGUAUUUUCAUACUCGCCAUUUUGCUUCGCACAAAUUAUGCAUUUAAAUUUAACUCCCUCGCUCGCCUUAUUUUGAAGGUUUGAGUUUUACACGAGCUGUGAUUAUGAAAGCGCACAGUGUUCCAUUGCGUACUCGCGAUAAAAUGGGAAACGGCAAUUUUUAUUCAAUAUCACGUAAUCAUCAUCAGCCAAUUAAAUGACAGAAUUCAAUAAUGUGUUAUCACUAGAAGUUACUAUCGCAAGAAAAAUGCUGCCUCUGACUCUCACAUUUUACAACUUUGCUCGCGCUCACUUGGAACAAUAAAAUCGAAUGCAAUCAAUAUAACAUGUAAUUAAUAACAAACGUCACAUAAACAAAAUUCAACAGCACAGUAUGAACUGUCUGUGGUGAAGACGAUAAACUAAGGGCCUGUUUACAUGGAUGUAGGGUAACCCCAUAGCAGUGCUAGAAGGGCUAUGUUUUGUUUACAUAAGGUAUGCGUCAGGGAGGUAUGCGUCAUAAUAAUCCAACCAAGAGGGGCAUGUUAUAUUCUCCCUUUUUAUACAAUAACAAACAGGUGAAUGGAGUGUAAUGUAAGAAGUGUCAACAGUCUCGACUCCAUCAUUGUUUGCAAUGAAACCUUGCAAGUACUCUCCAUGUUUAACAAGCCAAAUUUGGCUGUCUUUUUGUAACCACAAUGGGUAGAUAAUUAUUUAUUUUUUAAGGUGAUUUUUAAGAGCAUGAAGGUAGUAGCUACAUGCGAUCUUCAAGUGACAAAAUCAAUUUGACAGUUCCUCUCACACAGGGGAAUUGUUUGUUCAACAAACUGAGCUAUUAAUACGUAAAAAGCGAUAUUGUAUUUACCAUAGGGAAACAAAAUAUUUUUUAAUUUCAGAAACUUUUGGCUUGUUCGAAUCCACGUGUUUUUCAAAACAUGUUUUGUUUUUUUUUCAAAUAAAAAGAAAGAAAUUUUCCGUGUUGAUGUUGAGUUAUAUCAACACGGCUCUUAGCUAAUCAGCGUUCAGAAUUUACAAAUGCUAUAUUACAAUAUUGUUUAGCGCACUUAAAAUCUUUCAUACAAACACACAUCAAAUCGAAAUUUGCCCAGCACUUUACAUAGUUCGCGAGAGGAGACUAGACCCUACAAGAUUAGUGUGCUGCCUCCCUGGCGGAAGGCAGCAAUAAUGCAGUAUGUCGUAUUUAAGUUAAUAAAUUCUGAUUUGCUUAGCACAAAAACUUGCUGAAAGGAUUUUUUUGUGAACAUGCAUGUUUCUUUCCCCAUAAUAAUGUAAAAUUAGUUUUCUGUUUUUGUUAAUGAAGAUUUAUACUUGGGCAGGGAUGAAAAUGCCAUACUGUAUUGUAAGUAUCAGUGAGAUCCCAUUGCUUUUUUUUUAUUUUAGAGCGUCCUCAUAGUUUGCAUAUCAACAAUACUGAAUCUGUUAAUAUUGCAAAAGAAAUUGGGGAGUCGUUGUAUGUGAAAUGUCAAGUAUCUGGCGCUCCUACUCCAACAGUAACUUGGGUCAAUAAAAACAAUGAACAAGAAGCUAUUGGUAAUGGUAGUGCUAUACUCAGCUUAAACCACAUAACUGAACAACAUCAAGGAACGUAUAUAUGCAAGGGAAAUAAUUCUGAAGGCGAGGUGCAAAGUUCAAUAUCUCUCAAUGUUAUUUGUAAGUCUUUCAAAAAUUAAUAUACAAUAAUAUUUUCAUCGUUCUUUUGGUGCAGAAUUCCUGUACCUUUCGCCCUGUCACAUGUUUUAAUUACAGUGAAAAUGAGUGACAAGUGAAGUAACUAAACCAUAUACUGUAUAACAAGAUGGUAAGCAUAUAAACAUACCUACCACAAACAUGCAAAGAAAAAACGUGUGUAAAAUAUAGGUAAAUCGUGUGUAAAACAUGUAAAUACUAUUAACAUAUAAACAAGGAAUAUACGACACAUCCAUUAUAACAUGAAAAAAGUAAAAACUUUAAGGUAAAACAUCUAAAACAUGUCGUAAAUACAAAACAUAUAAAACAUUGGGGAAGAAUAAAAUGAUAUUAAUUAAUUUUUACCUAACGAGCGCUAUCACAAGGACCUAGCUGUUUGUUGUGGUUUUAAAGUUUUUUUGUUUUUUUUAGAUUUACACCUGAAUUGCAGUGUGCCGUUUUCUAAGGAUAAUAAAAUCUUCGUCAAUUUAACAGCUGUUGGUAACCCUACUCCUGUAUGUACACAUGACAAUAUUACUAACAUCAAUUGUCUGGGCGAGUUGGUGGAGUUGACCAGAAAUGAUUUUAAUGUAUCACUAUCUGCCAGAAACACUGCAGGAUUGGAAAGAUCAUGUAGAAGGAUUGGUGAAUUUGGUAAAACAAACGUGGUGUUUCUACAAACAAAAAAUAUUAUAUGUAUUUAUAAACUAUUUUUAUUUCUCUAACAUGCAUCAUGUGAAACUUGUAACUGUGACACACUGUGUGCAUGUUGGGGGGGGGGGGCUUUGGCGAGUCAUCCUCCCCUCAACAACAUUUUGUUCAGAAAACUAAAUCGCGAGAAGACUAAAGUAACAAGGUGAUUUUUAUCUUCACUGUAGGUCAGCCAUCAAGUACUACAGUUCAGUCACAUUCCGUGUUGUUACUAUCACAUUACGUGUUGUUACUCACUGCUCUCUUUCUCACUACGUUCUUACUGUGAUAUCACGAAUACUGAAUACCGUGUAAGUACAAGUCAUAUUUCAAAGUUCGGAUACCAGCUAGGGCACUACAACAAUCAUUUCGCUGAUGCAUGUGUGAUUGCUCCUCCACAGGCCCUCGAUCGCUGCGUCACGGAAGGUCCCACCAAACAAUUUUUGCAGGAAAUUGUGACCUUCCCAUGAGGCAUGUAGGGGGUUGUGGGAUGCGACAAAACAUGUGGCAUGCAGUUUAUUACAAAAUCUAACCAAAAAUAAAUUUUGACCUUUUAUCUUGACACAUUAAUAGCUCCAUUUUGGGUUAUUUUUAUACUUGCUAAAUAUGAGCUAAGUGAUGUCUGUUUAGAAUUCUAUCUUCAUUGCUUGAUAAUGUCCCUUUAAAUAAUCGUAUCUUUGAAUCGUAUUGGCUAGAAUAUUUUUACUUUAUUUUACAGUUCCGUGGAUGAUUUGUACCACGAUAUCGAUGUUUAACACAUUCAUGCACCUAAAUAAAUAUAUAUUCGUAGUUAUUUAAUAACCUGGGUUAUAAGUAAGAAUUAGUUCAUGGUUAUAUAUAUAAUAUCAGGAUGUUGGGCAUCUCACUCGAUACAACUAAUUGUUGAUGGGUUUUGUAGAUGGAAAUUGCGAGUGUAAAUCUUAAAUACAUUUAUUAAACCUAACCAGGAGCAGUUGUGAAAAAUGCAACUAUCGGCCCUCUGGCAGAUUUCGAACCUGCGGCCCUGCCAUUCCGGUGCAGUGCUCGAACCAACUGAGUCACAGAGGCCUGUUUUUGAGCUCGUUCAUGUUGAUGUAUACGAAGGUGAUGCCAAUGUAAAGGCCCUGCCAUU